AUGGCGACGAAUAUCUCCCGCGCAUUCUUUUUGUCGGCAACAGCAAGCUCCCCAACUCCCUUUCUCUAUCAAACUCGUACCCUUGCGCCGAUAUCACUCUCAUUGCGCAGAACGUUUGCUGCUCGCGUGCGUCAAUACUCGGCUGAAAAUAAUGCUUCCCGCGACUACAAUAGGUCGGAGAGCAGUUUUGCAUCAGACCAAGAUGAAUUGAGUCAGGAUUCCGCAUCCCAAAAGUCUGGCUCUGGUUCAGCAUCUGAAAGCCCCCAGCCUCGGAGAAGCUACUUGCGUCGGCGUUCUGCUGCACUGUCACCGAAAGUUCGCAGCAAAACGCCAGUCCCCUCUUCAAAAUCGACGAAAAAUUCGAGUACAGUCACCGGCCAGGAAAGAAAAGCCUUUGGAGAGCUACUUGGGCAGCUGGGCAUUGGGCGCGAUGACGCAAAUGCGCACGCCGAGGGCACAACACAAGCCUCGGACUUGUCGGGUGAAGGGCAGGAGCAUAUACAGGAGCUGAUGGUCAAGUUGGGCUCAAUUCUGAAAGAUGUGCAAGAUAAGAACAAGUCUUCUGCCAAAUCCAAGGGGGAUUCGCGAAAAGCACCCGAUGGCGAAGACGGCAUACCUCUUUCCGGCCAACUCUCAGAGGACCCCAGCAUGACAGAUGGACUAUCAGAGAAAAUUGGCGGUACCAAGCUGCGAAUCAGUGACCUCGGCUACACCGAGCCAGCCUCGGCCACGAGCAUCGAACCCGAGAUUACUAUGAAAGAAGCGAUCGAGUUUGUCGUCAAGAAAGAAUCCGAGAAGAUUGAGUUUGCACUGUUUCAAGCGAUUGAGGAAGGCAAAGGUGAUAUGGGCCUGUGGGAAGUUUGCAAAGAACGCAUUUUCUCGGUACUGCAGCAUUUGGAUGAGGCGGCUGAGAUCACAAUGCCUGGGUCUGACAACUCACUGGUUGCAAACGAAAUACUAAGUACCAAUUCAGCGGGUCCUCCAUCUGGACCUCUAAGAAUCCCACCCGUCGUGCCAAUUAGCCCAGUCAUUACAGCACUUUAUCCGAGGACUCUUCUGAUCGCCUUCCGCCUGCUGAAUACGCAUUUCCCUGAGUCGCCUCUCAUCGGCCAGUUCCGGUCAACUAUUAAGGAGCAGGGCCGCGCCUCUGCGCUCCUUGGAUCAUCCGUUGCUCUCUACGACGAGAUGAUUCACUUCUACUGGCAUGGUUGCAACGAUCUCCCGGCCGUGGUUUCGUUCCUCCAUGACAUGGAUGUAACUGGGCUGGAACCUAGUUUCAGAACCCGCAGGCUGCUAAAAGAUAUCGUCCGCCAGCAACAACGGGACAAGGAUACCCGCGGACAAUCUCAGGUGGAUCAGGACUCAUUCUGGGAUUUCCCUCCAAACAAAAGAGCGUUUGAGGAACUUGCUGGGCGUAAUGGGUGGCUAGAGAAGCUCAAGGCUCGUGCACGACAGUCCCACAACAAUCGGAAAGCCCGAUAUACCUGA